GUAAAGCACAUGAGGUGAAAGAGAGAGCCACAUCCUGUAAGCAUACCCUCCCGUGUUCUUCGAAUGUCUUGCAUGGAAGUUACCUCUCCCACGCAUAACACAAAGUUGCCUCAAUUUGCAUGUUUGUUCAUUUCUUACGAGGAAUAGUGUAGCGUAAAUAUUUUCGUGUCGGGGAUCAUUCGGCAAAAUAGACACAGUAGCAACAAGUACAAAACGUCACUGCAUCGAACAGCUGAAAAUACAAUCCCACCUUGGUGGGUUAACCUCUAGAUAAACCUGACUAGAUACUCCAUUUUUCGGCAGCACCCAAUGUGUUUACCACAUGAUGUGUGACUUCAGGAGGGCUCAGGAUUUGUUAGUCGUGAACACCUCUGGACUCUCCCUCCAUUGUUUCUCCUUCUGUUUGCAAUGUGUACGCCACAGGGUCUGACAUGAAGAAAGUGGUCCAUUGGUCAACGAAGGACGUGCUCCUGUGGCUGACUGAUGUGGGAAUGCAGGAAUACUCAGAGGCCUUACGUCACCUGAACGGCAAGGGCCUCAUGCAGCUCUCUAAAGCGGACUUCCAGACGGCUCCUCUGGCCCUUGUCACCUUGGACGGAGGCAGACAGCUCCUGGACAAGAUGGAGAAUCUCAGGAUAGAGCACCACAUUGAAACGCAUAAAAACAGGCAUGCCAACGGACACGCCAUCUUGGCCGUCAACAGUGAGGUUAAUGGGAACCAGCCCAAGAGGAAUGGUGUGGUCAAUGAGUUCCACAAGGAGCGGAUCCAGAUCCCCAUGCCUGAGAUCACCCGCUCUCCGUUUCCUGAGGAAUGGGGGAAGACUGGCGUGGCUUUUGUCUACGCCACGAUCUGCUUCAUCUUCACCACCAUUAUGAUCUCCGUGGUCCACGAACGUGUGCCUGCCAAGGAGGCCACUCCACCCCUACCAGACAAGUUCUUUGACUUUUUCGGGCGAGUAGACUGGGCUUUUUCUAUAUGCGAAAUCAACGGCAUGAUACUGAUCGUCCUGUGGCUUCUACAGUGGGCACUGUUAAAAUAUAGGUCUAUCGUUGGUCGGCGGUUCUUUUUCAUCAUUGGCACACUCUACCUCUACAGGUGUAUCACCAUGUACAUCACCACACUCCCUGUGCCAGGGAUGCAUUUCACGUGCUCUCCUAAGCUGUUUGGUGACUGGGCAUCUCAAAUGAGCCGAGUGAUGAAGAUGAUUGCAGGAGGAGGCCUGACCAUCACUGGCUCCCACCACAUGUGUGGGGACUACCUUUACAGUGGCCACACAGUCAUGCUGACACUCAUCUAUCUCUUCAUUAAAGAGUAUUCCCCCAAAAAGUUAUGGUGGUACCACUGGAUCUGUUGGCUGCUCUGUGCUGUGGGACUCUUCUGCAUUCUCCUGGCUCAUGACCACUACUCUAUAGACGUGGCGGUGGCUUACUUCAUCACUACACGCCUAUUCUGGUGGUACCACACCAUGGCCAACCAGCAAAAGCUAAAGGAAUCAUCGCAGAGCAACUUUUUCUCAAGGGUGUGGUGGUACCGAUUUUUCCAGUACCUUGAACAGAAUGUCACAGGCAUCGUCCCUCGGAACUACCAGAUGCCGCUGUUAUGGCGACCGGCCCAGUGGAGUCAAGUGAAGUACAGCCGCAUCGACACUGCGUGCCCAUGACAGGAGGACCUGACCCCCCCCCCCCCCCCCCAGAAGGACAUGGCGUAGGACUUUUAACUACACUCCUGAAAGUGCCAUAUCUAAUCACGAGAAGAUGCUAUAUCAGUCAAGCUCCGUAGCUGUUCCAUUUCCCUUUUCUCCUGUAACGCCCACUCCAGUCCAACUGGCUAGCACUGUGACCAACCAUCGUUUCAGCCAAAACAUUUCACAAGGGUUUCCAGUGAGUGGAUCGCAAGCAUUUUCAUUGGCAGGUCCAGAUCUAGUUCAGUUAACAAUAGGACAUGUAACUAUGUUGGUCAACGCCAAUAUAUAUCUCUGUAAUUGUUACAGAUACUCUGUUGCUGAAAUUGAACGAAACAAGCAUGUUUGUCACGGCAUUUGGGCUGACCCAAAUAUUUAGUCUUUCAUGUUUUGGUUAAAAGACGUGCUGUAGCAUUGAGAACUGACCAGUCAUGAAGCAUGAGGCGCUUUUUGUAGUGCAAAUCAUUUUCUAAGUAUAUGAACAACGUGGUCUCAGAGCAUUUCAUAUUAUUCUGUAUGUAAAUCCAAGACACUCCAUUUCGUAUGCUAUUUUACAUUUCAUAUGGUAUGCAUUCUUUUGUGGAUGUUCGUCAUCCAUUUCGUAUUAUGUUAUGAAUUACAAUUUGUAUGAUAUGUUACAAAUUGCAAUUCGUACAAUAUCUUACGAAUUUAAAUUCGUAUAAUAUGUUACGAAUUUUCUAAAUCUAUGAUAUGUUACGAACUCCAAUUAGUUGUGGAUAACGUUAGCUAGGUGGCAAGGUUGCUAAAGCUACAGUUAGCUAGCUGGCUAACGUUAGCUAAGUUAGA